AUGAAGGACCAGCUGGAGAAUCAGAUGAUAGCGUUCUACGUUUUUCUAGCUAGCAUGCCAGAACUGAGACCAAUAUGGUAUUUUGAUGAGGCCACUCGCAGGAUCGGCAAGCACAGUGUAAAUACAGACGCUAGGGAAGUGCUAGCUAGGUACGAGGUAGAAGUAUCAGGUGGUAACUCGUGCUUCUACGGCGAUAGGGACUAUCUCAAGCAGCCGCGGAAGUUGAGAAGAAAGGCUGCAAAAAACGCUAGAAUAGCUUUAGGCGUACAGGAGCGUAACAUAUUUCCUAAAGCUAGUGCGGCAGCUAAGGCAAUAGGAAAAGCGGUAGGUAACAAUAGACCAAAUAAGUGUAUGCAAUCCGGUAAGACGGAGGAGACCGUUGAGCACGUAGUGUCAGCAUGUAGUCAGUGGCUCUCCAACCUGUACGUAGAAAGACACGACGCUGCACUUAGGGUAAUAUACUACCGUUUGGCAAACAUCAGGACUUUACUUAAAUGGAAGUAAAG